GCGCGCCGGGCGCAAGUCUGCUGGCUGGGCAUCGCUGCAUCGCCCGCUGCGCUCCGCUGCGGCGUGUGAACCAGGGCACCGCAAGCACUUGGCUGAAACUGUGAGCGAGUGCGGGGCAACGCGGUUCGCCACGGGUCCGCUAGCGGGGAAGCUCCGGACCUCAUCUUACUGCUCCAGCAACCUUGAGAAAAGGAAGACCUGUGUCUUGCCAAGGUUAAAAAUCAGAGUAGGAGAGAAAGUAACUGAGAAGUGAAGGAGAAGGGGCGGGUGAGAAUCUCCUGCCCAAUUAAAAGGAGUGACCCAAGUCGGACCAGGAAGGUGCACGGUGAGGAGCAACGCAAGUGGCGAGAUUCGCCUGACUGAAUUUUCCUACACCUGAGUCACGCCUCCUUGGCGAGAAGGCGCUUCGCCUUUGAUUACUUCCAGUUACUGCAGAAUUUUCUGUCCUGGUGGAGAAGGAGUCUCGCUCCUGGCCUGAGGCGUGAGACUGACUUCCUAAGAUCCCGAAUCCCUGAACCAGGAAGGGUUGGGUGAACAGUGUCUGCCAGCACUCUCGCUCCGAGUGAGGGACCCCUUGUUGGGGUUGUCCCUUCCCUUGCAUCCGCAUCCCUCUGAGUUUUGCGCGUUUCUGGGGGAAUCCCUCGCCUGGAGAUGGCUGGCAAGGACUCGUCCCGCUGCCUACUCCUCCUGGCCGCGGUGCUAAUGGUGGAGAGCUCCCAGCUUGGCAGCUCACGGGCCAAACUCAACUCCAUCAAGUCCUCUCUGGGCGGUGAGACGCCCGCCCAGGCCGCCAAUCGAUCUGCGGGCAUAUACCAAGGACUGGCUUUCAGCGGCAGUAAGAAGGGGAAAAACCUGGGGCAGGCCUACCCUUGCAGUAGUGACAAGGAGUGUGAAGUUGGGAGGUACUGCCACAGUCCUCACCAAGGAUCCUCGGCCUGCAUGGUGUGUCGCAGGAAAAAGAAGCGCUGUCACCGAGAUGGCAUGUGCUGCCCUGGUACUCGUUGCAACAAUGGCAUCUGUAUCCCAGUCACCGAAAGCAUCUUAACUCCUCACAUCCCAGCUCUGGAUGGCUCUCGGCACAGAGAUCGAAACCAUGGGCAUUAUUCCAACCAUGACUUAGGAUGGCAGAAUCUAGGAAGACCACACACCAAGAUGUCACACAUAAAAGGGCAUGAAGGAGACCCCUGCCUAAGAUCGUCAGACUGCAUGGAAGGGUUUUGCUGUGCUCGUCACUUCUGGACCAAAAUCUGCAAGCCAGUGCUCCAUCAGGGGGAAGUUUGUACCAAACAGCGCAAAAAAGGCUCUCAUGGCCUGGAAAUUUUCCAGCGGUGUGACUGUGCGAAAGGCCUGUCUUGUAAAGUAUGGAAAGAUGCCACCUAUUCCUCCAAAGCCAGACUCCAUGUGUGUCAGAAAAUCUAAUUGCCUCUGAAGAAAAGUGUCACUAGCAGACUGUGAAUUUGUGUAUUUAAUGCAUUAGAGCAUAGUGGAAAAGAAGGUGUGGAAUGCAGGAGAAAGGCUAAAGUGAAGAAUGUAAAAAAAAAUCACAGAAAGGAAGAAACAGAAUUGAAGGAAUUGGAAUGGGUGGACAAGGCAACACAGCUCUGUGUUUCCAUUAUGCAACUUGUUUGUGUAAAUAAUGUACACAUUUGUGAAAAUGCUAUUAUUAAACAAAAGCACACAGUGGAAAUUAUCGACGAAUACCAUGCGAGUUUCCAAGAGUUUAGGUUGUGUUGGGGGAGAGAUUUCCUUCAAAUUGGUGAUUAAUUACAUGAAUAAACUAAAAGUCAUAUUUUACUCGAAGUUGUAGUUGAAUAAAGUAUACCUGUAAAACAUGAAAACAGUUGUUAAACAGGAAUUUAAAAAACACUGAAAGUAGUUAAUUUGCAACACAGAAUCGCCUCUUAAGUUGGGGGAAUUACAUUUACCAACUCAAUUAAAGGCUCUCACAGAGAAGGAAAGAAGCAGCCAAUAUUUUCCAAAUGCCUUCAAAAUAAAGGCAGGUCUUUCGUCAAACUCCUUAAGCAAAAAACAAGAGUGUUUUUCCUCAGCUUGCUUAUUUACAGUUUUCAGAAAUUUAAUUUCACUUGAAAUUAAUAGAAACUGGCAUAAGACAGUGUCCUAGAUUUUGAAGGAAAUAAAUAUUGUAUGUCUUUCAAUUCUAUAUGAUCCCUAUCCUGAAUAGAUUUUGUUUUCCAGAUUAUACAAUAUAAACACAGAUCAGACAUUUCACAGAUCAUAAAAAAAGUA